UCAGAGUUGCCAAAAAAAAAAAAAAAAACAGAGAGAGAGAGAGAGAGCUCUGGAGGGAGAUGGGUUUGGUUUCUCAUCGUGUAGAAAUGCGCCACUUGAAAGCCGGUGACCACAUUUACUCGUACAGAUCAGCCUUCUUAUACUCACACCACGGCAUAUACAAGGGUGAAGGCCAAGUGAUUCACUUCACUAGCUCGUCGUCAUCUUCUGUUCACCGCAGAGAAGUCUGCUCAGCUUGUGAAAUGUUAGAGCAUAGUGAACGUAGCAGCGGAGUGAUCGUGUCUUGUGUCGAGUGCUUCCUUAAAUCGGGAUCGCUGCGGCGUUACAAGUACGGCGUUAAGAAGAAGAGCUACUUCAUGAAGCGCCGUGGAACUUGUAAUACGGCGGAACCUGGUCCGGUCGAGGUUGUCCUGGAGAGGGCAGAGUCACUGCUUGCCCAAAACGGAUUCGGAGACUAUCACGUGCUGCAAAACAACUGCGAGGACUUCGCCACGUACUGUAAGACCGGACAGGGCUGCAGCCGUAACGGCACGGCCCGUCGGUAUGGUCAAGCAUCCGUCCUCCCUUUAGGCUUGGCUUCACGCAGGUGACACUAAACCCAGGUUCCUAUGUAAUUCUGUUCUGUACAUGUUUAUUUUGUAAGAAAAAAAAAAAAAUAGAAAAAAGAAAAGAAAAAAAAAAAAAUGAAAAAAGAAAAAGAAAAAAAAAAAAAAAUGGUAAAAGGAAAAAAAAAAUAGAAAAAAAAAUGGUAAAAACAAAAAGGAAAAAAAAUUGGAAAAAGAAAAAGAAAAAAAAAAUAGAAAAAACAAAAAAGAAAAAAAAAAAUUGACCUGAUUCUAAUAUUUUAGGAACGUUCUUAUUUCUUCCAUUCUCAUGUAUACUUUCUAGAUGUAAAUAUUGUAACAAUUCAUUUAUAUUCUUUAUACUUGUAAAUGCUGUACAGUUAAUUUAUAAUAGAGAAAUUAAAUAAUCCCUA